CAAUGAACUCUCGUUCUAUCCUGUCACUGCUAUCGAGACUAAUUAUAAACUUCCUAUGUUCCCUACCUCAGUCCUUGUGUCUGUGCAUGUUCUGUCUCCUCCUUGUGUCUCCAUUCUCCCUAGUUCCCAGGCUCUGCUGUGGGUUCCUGAUCCGUCGUGGUGGUCUUCGGGUCCGUCUGCUCCGCUCUGGUCUUCUGCUCCACCUGUUCCACCCGCUCCGCUGUGGUGGUCCACUAUCUGGCUCUGGUGGUCUUCUGCGCCACCCUGGUGGGCUCGUGCUCUAUCUGCGCCGCCGUGGUGGUCUGCUGUCGGGCUCUGGUGGUCUUCUGCACCGCCGUGGAGAUCUUUGGGUCCACCCUGGUGGGCUCAAGUCCCGCCUGCUCCGCCCUGGUGGGCUCAAGUCCCGCCUGCUCCGCCCUGGUGGGCUCAAGUCCCGCCUGCUCCGCCCUGGUGGGCUCAAGUCCCGCCUGCUCCGCCCUGGUGGGCUCCAGUCCCGCCUGCUCCGCCCUGGCUUCCUGCUCUGCCGGCUCUACCUCGGUCCCAGAUCACUCCGCUUCCACAAGGACCUGGCCCUCCAUCCCUCCCCCUGUUCCGCCUCCGCUCCACCUCCCUCCUGGAUUAAAGACUGUGUGGAGCGUCUGGAAGCCGCUCUUAGGGGGGGGGCUCUGUCACGAAUCUGGUCUGCACUUCCGUCCAUUCACCACCAGAGGUCACUCGCUCACCACAUGGACUUUCACACCACACACCACAUGGACUCCAUUUCCCAUCAUCCAACACUGAUCACAGCUGUCACCAAUCACUCAUUGCACUAAUCACACGCACACCUGAUCCCAUGCACAUACUGAUCACACACGCUUUAUAAGCCUUGGACUUUCUCUGCCUCUCGGCCGAGUAUUGAUUGCGUUUACUGCUCUCAUAGCUGUAGCAACUCUCUGAGCCCCUGUUAGUUUCCCUAGUGUUCCCCUGCCUGUCUUGGAUUGUUUUCCCGUGUUUAUUCUAGCCCGUGUUCCCUGGAUUAUCUCUCUGCCUUGCCCUCUGGAUUCUGUUCGCCGAUCGUCGACCUUUGCUUGCCCUAGGAUUACUCUUUGUCUUGUCUCUGCCAUACCUGUUUGCCAUUGCUCGACCCUGCCUGUAUUUAUGACCAUGCCUAUGAAUAAAAGCUUGCAGAUGGAUCCGCAUGACUCACGUCUCGUCAGCCUCGUUACACAUAUGAUGCAAA